AAAAUACAAGUAUCUAUCUUAAAAUGCCACCGAUGUUUUCUUUUUGUUCCUUCGGCAAUUAAACAAAAUAGAACACACGCCUCCUUCUCUCCCCGUUUUUAGAUUGAUAGAGAAUAUUAUAAAAAACUUUCCUUCACUGCAAACUCUCCAUCACAGGUAACAAACACAAAAACAGAAAAGAGAGAGAUGUGGCGGUGCGUGGCUCGUGGCCUUCGCCUUCCUUGUUCAACCAAGAGAUCAUCUAACGACUCUUUUAGAUCUCACAUUUCCAGAUUUUUCUCCACCGAUUCUACUGGGGGGAGAUCCUCGUACACGGUUGUGGAUCAUACUUAUGAUGCGGUUGUGGUAGGAGCUGGCGGUGCGGGAUUGAGAGCCGCUAUUGGACUUUCAGAGCAUGGAUUCAACACGGCUUGCAUUACCAAGCUUUUUCCCACUCGUUCGCACACUGUUGCGGCUCAGGGUGGUAUUAAUGCCGCUCUGGGAAAUAUGACUGAAGAUGAUUGGAGAUGGCACAUGUACGACACUGUCAAGGGAAGUGACUGGUUGGGUGAUCAGGAUGCCAUACAAUACAUGUGUAGGGAGGCGCCAAAGGCAGUCAUUGAACUUGAGAACUAUGGUUUACCAUUUUCUCGAACAGAAGAUGGAAAAAUUUAUCAGCGUGCAUUUGGGGGUCAAAGUCUAGAUUUUGGAAAAGGUGGGCAGGCAUAUCGUUGUGCAUGUGCUGCUGAUAGAACUGGGCAUGCUCUUUUGCAUACUCUCUAUGGCCAAGCUAUGAAACAUAAUACACAAUUCUUCGUGGAAUAUUUUGCUCUGGAUCUAUUAAUGAAUAAUGACGGUAGUUGCCAAGGAGUAAUUGCAUUGAACAUGGAAGAUGGGACAUUGCAUCGAUUCCGUGCUGCGUCAACAAUUCUGGCCACAGGGGGCUACGGUAGAACAUACUUUUCUGCAACCUCAGCUCAUACAUGCACUGGAGAUGGCAAUGCAAUGGUUGCACGGGCCGGGAUUCCACUUGAGGAUCUGGAGUUUGUUCAGUUUCAUCCUACAGGCAUAUAUGGGGCUGGGUGCCUCAUUACAGAAGGAUCUCGUGGUGAAGGUGGCAUCCUUAGGAAUAGUGAAGGUGAGCGAUUUAUGGAAAGGUAUGCACCUACAGCCAAGGAUCUUGCUUCAAGAGAUGUUGUUUCAAGAUCCAUGACUAUGGAAAUUCGGGAAGGUCGUGGUGUAGGACCUUUGAAGGACCAUAUCUAUCUGCACUUGAAUCACUUGCCCCCAGAUGUGCUCAAGGAGAGGCUUCCUGGUAUUUCUGAAACUGCUGCCAUUUUUGCUGGUGUGGAUGUUACAAAGGAACCCAUCCCAGUGUUACCAACUGUGCAUUAUAACAUGGGUGGAAUCCCCACAAAUUACCAUGGAGAGGUAGUAACCAUUAAAGGUGAUGAUCCAGAUGCUGUUAUUCCUGGACUAAUGGCUGCUGGCGAGGCAGCCUGUGCUUCAGUUCAUGGUGCCAACCGACUUGGUGCAAAUUCUCUUCUUGACAUUGUUGUGUUUGGCCGAGCUUGUGCAAAUAGAGUAGCUGAGAUCAAUAGACCAGGGGAGAAACAGAAACCUUUGGAAAAGGAUGCUGGGGAGAGAACUAUUGCACGGCUGGAUAAACUAAGAAAUUCAAAUGGAUCACUUCCAACUUCACAAAUUCGGUUAAAUAUGCAGAGGAUAAUGCAGAGCAAUGCUGCAGUGUUUCGCACGCAAGAAACAUUGGAAGAGGGUUGUCAUUUGAUUGAUAAAGCAUGGGAAAGCUUUCAUGAUGUUAAAGUGAAAGAUCGGAGUUUAAUAUGGAACUCUGACUUGAUCGAGACUGUAGAGCUGGAAAACCUUUUGAUAAAUGCCUGUAUAACUAUGCACUCUGCUGAAGCCAGGAAAGAGAGCAGAGGAGCACAUGCCCGUGAAGACUUCACUAAAAGAGAUGAUGAGAAAUGGAUGAAGCACACUCUGGGGUAUUGGGAGAAGGAGAAGGUCCGACUUGAUUACAGGCCAGUUCACAUGAACACAUUGGAUGAUGAGGUUGAGACCUUCCCACCAAAGGCUCGUGUGUAUUGAUAUAUAUGUGAUCUUUAAAGAACCAGGAUGGCAUGUGGAGAGGUUUCGCUGAGAUGCAAUAACCUCCAUGGUGAGAAUAAGCCUGCGGUUGCAAUAAAUUAUCUUAGGUACAUCACUUUGACCGUAAUGCUACUAAAUUCAAGAUGGAAAUCAUCCAUAUAUCUUAAUCGAUCAAAGUUGGAUUUGUAUUUUUAGCAGCAAGUGAAUGCUGAUUCAUUGUUAGUUCAGCCAGCAAUGAGUUGCUUGGAAUUUUGUCUGAAAUUCUUCAAUUUCCAACUUCUUGGUUUCUGCAUUGUAAUGGAGUCACUGGUCUCAGGUGGCGUGUACUGAUCACAUACUUGUUCCUAAAACUGUUAAUAAGAUAAUAAUUGGUUGCAUG